GGACAUAUGCAUCGCUGCCGUGUAGCUGGGAGCGAUUCCUAGUUACGGAACCCAACCAAUGCCGAAGGAGACCAGAAAGUAGCCAAACUCAGACGCCUUACGCCACCAGACAAACUCCAAAACCAAGCACAUGGCCUAGAAUAAUAAUAGGAAUAGUAUUAUCGAUAAUUAUAAUUAUAAAUAUAAUUUAUUCUAGGGUUUGAAGGGACGCAGGGUGGGUCUGUGUUUGUGAUUUUUGGAUUGUAGGGCAUGGAGGUCGAGGUUUCAGGUUCCAAAUCCUCGUCUGUCGAUGUUCCCAAGGUGGAAAAGGAUCGGGUUCUCGUGAAGAAGAAGACCUUGCAGGCUGUGCUCGAGCAAUGUCAAAGAGCUCUCGAAUUGCUCGAAAACACUGGUGACGUCCUCGACGGCGAUGACGAAGAUGAUGCCGUUGAUGGUGCCGAGGUGGAGGCCGAGGGUGACGGUCCCGCUUCUCCCUGCCGCGACCGGGAGGCCGAUGAGUUGUGUGAUCUUCUCAAAUCUAGAUUGGAAUGCCCCGAUUUCCUCGAAAAGCUCGAGAGUGCCCAGGUUUCAGUUCCACAAAAUAUUUCUGCCGAAGAAGGCAGCUCUUGGGACAUGAUCAAUGAUAAUGAUCUAUGGGAAGGUGGAAUUAGUGACCUGGACCAAGAAAAUUAUGUUCUUGUUAGGCAAGAGGAUAUAGUGGAGGGCAUUGCGUGCUUCAUGGCUGCAUAUCUGUUGUCCCUAAAACAGACUAAGGAAUUAACUCCUAAUCAACUUCAGGAAGCCCUGAGCAAAACAUUCUCUGUAAAAAAGAAAAAGGGAAAGCUUCGGAAGGCAUGGGAUGGGAGCAAAGUCAUUUAUAAUGUAGCAUCCUGGGGGGCAACGGCCAUCGGGAUAUACCAAAACCCAGCACUACUUAGGGUUGCCUCUGCAGCCUUCUGGACCUCUUGUCGAGUGAUAUCAAAGCUUUUCUAGUGGCUAGCGGCCUGGGGUGCUUGGAGGAACUUCUGAUGCUUUGAGAUUGGGUAGUGUGUUUGUGAUUGUGCUGUUGAUGCCAGCUUUGGAGUUCUGCAAAAUAUGUAACAUUAAUGCCAUUCUUUUUGUGGUUAUAGAUCCGAUUUAUUGCUAUGCUGAAAUUUAAUCUUGUAAAUAUUUCUUCAUUUGGAAUUUCUCCCGUGUGCAGCAACUACAAUUGGUUGGGUUCAUCUAAUUGUGGUGGGGUUUCAGUCUUAA